CAGGUCGGGGCCGCGCGCCUCGGUAGAUGUAACGGCUGGAAGGCGGCAGAGGAGAUGACGGGGCCCGUGCUGAGCUCUCCGGUCUCAGUCCCCCCCCCCGGUUAUGUUAGUAGUACUGCCUGACCAGCUUCCGGCGCGCUUUCGGCGCUUCCGGUUUUUGUGCGGGUGAGAGGUCCGUGCAGACCGUCUGUGGAGUCCGUCACCGGGCCGGCUACCGAGGGGCAGGCCGCCACAUCCCCGGGCCUGAGGCUGCAGAUCGGGCGAGGCGGGGGGAGAUGCCCGGCCUGUGAGCCGCUCGCUUCUCUGUCUGAUGGCCGCCGACCAGGACAAGCUGGAAGGCCUCACACUGCCGGGCCGCAGAGCCAAAGCCGGCAUGCAAAUGAAGAGCCCAGAGAAGAAACGCCGCAAGUCAAACACUCAGGUAUGGAGGACGGGGGGUUGGGAAGAAACACAGCGCAAAGUAAAGGGACCAGUGAAUGGUCAGUUUCCAAAGGGUCCCUCUUACUCCCACCUCUCGGAGUUCGCCCCUCCACCUACUCCGAUGGUGGACCACCUGGUGGCAUCCAAUCCCUUUGAAGAUGACUUUGGGGCCCCGAAGGUCAAUGCUGCCGCCUCUCCCUUCAUGAACAAUCCUGUGCCGUUUGGAGGCUUCCGCGUGCAGGGGGGCAUGCCGCACCAGGUGCCACCCGGCUAUCCUGGGGGCUCGCAGCCUAUGAGACGUCAGCCCCCACCCUUCCCUCCCAACCAGAUGGGCCCCGGAUUUGGAAUGCCGCAGAAUCCGAAUUACGUUCAGCCGGGAAAUAUGAACUUUUCCAACCAGCCGUUCAAUCAAGGCAUGGGCCAGAGCUUCAGCCCCCCCGCCGGGCAGAUGAUGCAGGGGCCGGUGGGAGGGUUUGGCCCCAUGAUGUCACCCACGAUGGGGCAGCCACCUCGGGGGGAGAUGGGUCCGGCCCCUGUAAUGAACUCCCCCGGAGGUCCUCCGUUCGCUCAGCGCUUUGGUUCUCCUGGCCACCCCUUUGGGCAGGCGUCCAUGCAGAGACCCAGCCUCCCCCCGAACAGCAGCCCCUUUGCGGGCACCGACCAGACCUUCCCGUCCGGGGGGGUGGAGGAGCACAGCAAGAACUUAAACCCCCCCAGCAACACCUUCAGCCAGGAGCAGCACGCCGGCUCCCCGUCCGCCAUCAACGGCAACCCCCAAAACUUCACUCCAAACAGCGCCCCCCGGGGGAACAGCAGCCCCCCUGAAGUCAACAACAUCCCGCCUCCGAGCAAACCCACCGGCGGCUCCGGCCACCAGCCGCCCCCGGGCCUGGUCUACCCCUGCGGAGCCUGCCGCAACGAGGUGAACGAUGACCAGGACGCCAUCUUGUGCGAGGCCUCCUGCCAGAAGUGGUUUCACCGGGAGUGCACCGGGAUGACGGAGAGCGCCUACAGCCUGCUGACCCGGGAGGCCUCCGCCGUCUGGGCCUGCGACUACUGCCUGAAGACCAAGGACAUCCAGUCUGUGUACAUCCGCGAGCCCAUGGGCCAGCUGGUGGCCGCCAGCGACGGCUGAGACUGCAGGGGCCGCUCUGUGUCCUGUCCUCCUACCUCAAUGUAACCAGAAGACACGUGGGGCCCGCGCUGUGCCGCUUCUCAUAUUGUAUGCACUUAAUAAAUCCGCCCCCCGCUGUCCUCAUC